AUGGGCUCCGUCUUCUCUGUGCUCCGCUCCGCGGCGAAAGGCAUCUCGGCCGUCGCGAAACUCCUAUAUGACCUGAACAAACAAUACCAGGCCCUUCUUCUCCGCGUCAACGCCCCGCCGGGACUACCGUAUGAUAAACCCAGCAACCCGUACUGGCUCGACGAGCCGCCUUUCCCGGAGUUGGUGGACGCGAGGUCGGAGGAAUUGCCGGGGUCGGCGGACGUCGUUAUCAUCGGGUCCGGAAUCACUGGCGUCGCGGUAGCGCGGAGCCUUUACGCCGGGGCCGUUGUGGGGCAGCAGCAGCAGCAGCAGCAGGGUGAUCGUGGUGAUGACCCCUCCCCCCUGCCGCCGAGGGUCGUGGUGCUGGAAGCCAGACAGCUUUGUGCGGGGGCGACGGGGCGGAACGGGGGCCACGUCAAGGCCUCGCCGCAUGAAUUGUUCCCCCGCCUUGCGGCGAUCGUCGGGAAGGAGAAGGCUGCCGCGUUGACGCGGUUCACGUUGCGCACUGCUGAUGCUGUUUUGGAGGUAGGGGCUGGUAAGCAGGUGUCGGAGUGUAGGAGGGUCGAGACGGUGGAUUUCAUGUUGGAUACGGCGGCGGUCGAGGCUACGUUGAAGGAAGUCGAGGAGUUGAAGAAGUGGAUUCCAGAGGUCGAGAUCGAGGUUGUUGGGAGGGAGGACGCGGCGCGGAGGUUCGGGGUUGAUGGGGACCAUGUGUUUGGCGCGGUGGUGUAUCAGGCUGGCGCGCUGUGGCCGUAUCGGCUUGUUGCGUCGUGUUGGAGGGAGCUGCUGGACGAGGUUGGGGACAGGUUGAGUAUUGAGACGGGGACGGCGGUGGAGGAGAUUCAGCUCGGCGGGACGCAGAGGAGGCCGUACGUGUUGAAGACGGCGAGGGGUAACAUCAGGGCUCGGCAUGUGGUUCAUGCUACUAAUGCCCAUGCCGCGCAGUUCUUGCCCGGGUUGAGGGGGAAGAUGACGGGCAUCAAGGCGCACAUGACCUCGCAGCGCGCUGCAGACGGGUUCCGAUGGGGUGAUGGGAAUAGGUCGUGGGGGUUUAUAUAUGGUGACGGCGGGGAGUUUGAUUAUGUCACGCAGAGGCCGAACGGAGAUGUCAUGUUGGGAGGAGGGUUCGGGAGGAGUUUGAAGCAGGGGGUUGAUAUGGUUGGCGUUUACGAGGACGGGAGCACCGAGGCGUUGACUGUUGCGCAUGUUGCGGGGGUGAUGAGAAGUGUGUUCGGAAACGAGUGGACGGGAAGCGUAACGCGGGCUUGGAGCGGGAUUAUUUGUUUCACGGGGGAUAUGGCGCCUUUUGUUGGCAGGGUUCCUGAGGGGAUCUCUGGGAGAAAGAGAGGAAAGACGAGUUUGAAGGUGAAGGUAAAGGAGGUGGAUGAUGAUGAUGAUGACGGAUGGCGGGGCGCGGUGGCGGGAGAAUGGGUUAGUGCUGGGUAUUGUGGUGACGGUAUGGUUUGGGCCUGGUUGUGUGGGACAGCUCUCGGGGUGAUGAUUUCGGGGAGGGAAGGGGAUGUUCUGGAGAAGGGGGUUGGGUUUCCUGGGGGCAAGCUGGAGGAAUGGUUCCCUAAGGAUUUGAUUGUGACAGAGGACAGGGUGAAGAAGGCGGAUUUGAGUAAUUUGCUGGAUAUGUUUUUGGAGUCCGGCGUUGACUUUACUGGCGGAGAUUGGGACUGA